AUGCGAUUUAGCAAUCACACUGUACUAUCUCGUGGGCACAAUGUACUAAAUCACCAUCACGAGAUACUACAGCAUGCACACAAUGUUGAUCACGAGAUAAUACAGCAUGCACACGGUGUUGAUCACGAGAUACUACAGCAUGCACACGAUGCUGAUCAAGAGAUACUACAGCAUGCAUACGGUAUUGAUCACGAGAUACUACAGCAUGCACACAGUGUUGAUCACGAGAUACUACAGCAUGCACACGGUGUUAAUCACGAGAUACUACAGCAUGCACGCGGUGUUGAUCACGAGAUACUACAGCAUGCACACGGUGUUGAUCACGAGAUACUACAGCAUGCACACGGUGUUGAUCACGAGAUACUACAGCAUGCACACGAUGCUGAUCAAGAGAUACUACAGCAUGCAUACGGUGUUGAUCACGAGAUACUACAGCAUGCACACGGUGUUGAUCACGAGAUACUACAGCAUGCACACGGUGUUGAUCACGAGAUACUACAGCAUGCACGCGGUGUUGAUCACGAGAUACUACAGCAUGCACACGGUGUUGAUCACGAGAUACUACAGCAUGCACACAGUGUUGAUCACGAGAUACUACAGCAUGCACGCGGUGUUGAUCACGAGAUACUACAGCAUGCACGCGGUGUUGAUCACGAGAUACUACAGCAUGCACACGAUGCUGAUCACGAGAUACUACAGCAUGCACACGGUGUUGAUCACGAGAUACUACAGCAUGCACACAGUGUUGAUCAUGAGAUACUACAGCAUGCACACGGUGUUGAUCACGAGAUACUACAGCAUGCACACGAUGUUGAUCACGAGAUACUACAGCAUGCACGCGGUGUUGAUCACGAGAUACUACAGCAUGCACACGGUGUUGAUCACGAGAUACUACAGCAUGCACACGGUGCUGAAAAUUAA